AUGAAUGGAUGUAAAUCGGGCUGUUUCGAGAUUCGGCGGCGCUGGCUGGGCCCCCAAUCGAGCCACCCCGAAACGCCGGGCUCCCCCGCCAGCCGGGAGGGCUGCACGCCUCUGUACUACGUGGGCAUGGGGAGGAGGGGGAGAGAGGAGACUGAAAACAAUUUGUUGGUAAGUGAAGUGAAGCUGUUGGGUAAAAUGGCAUCACUGCUGCCAUUCCGCGGAGAGGACCGGGCGAGGACAUCCUCUAAUGACUUCAAGUCAUUGCUCCGGCGAGUUUCGGCCCCUCCGCACAGCUUGGAUAAGAGUCGCAAAACACAAAGCACGAGACUUCUACCCGGGCGACACAACCGCUCCAGACUGAGCGCUGCUACACGCAAGGAGAAGCGGGAGUGGAGUUUGACAGUUCUCCAGGCAUUAGAGGAUGGACUGAAGAGAGCCGAUGCAGAUCCUUCAGUGAAGGCUGUUAUGAUUUGUGGUGAAAAUGGGAAAUUCAGUGCAGGAGCUGACAUUCGAGGGUUUUCUUCUCCAACGAGACGUGGUUCUGUCUUGGGCCCCAUCAUCUCUCUCAUAGAAAGGAGUGAGAAGCCUGUGGUGGCUGCCAUUGAAGGCGUUGCCUUGGGAGGAGGCCUGGAGGUGGCACUUGGCUGUCACUAUCGGAUUGCACAUGUGAAGGCACGGAUGGGUUUACCAGAGGUCACCAUUGGGUUACUUCCAGGUGCUGAAGGCACUCAGCGACUACCCAGACUGAUUGGGGUACCGGCUGCUCUGGAUAUAAUCACUACAGGAAGACACGUUCCAGCAGCUGAAGCACUGAAGCUGGGCUUGGUCGAUGAAGUUGUGGAAGAAAACACAGUUGAGGCAGCAAUUCGCUUGGCAAACAGGGUGAUCGGCCAGCCAUUGGGACCCCGCAGGCUCAGCCUGAAGCCAGUUCCAAAACUGCCCAACAUGGAAGCAUUUCUCAGUGAGGCUCUUGUGAAGGUGAAGAAACAGGCCCGCGGGUGCCUGGCUCCAGAGCUGUGCUUCCAGGCAGUCAGAGCCGCCACAGAACAGCCCUUUGCAGAUGGAGUCCGGAAGGAGCGAGAGCUGUUUAACGUCCUGCUGACUUCGGGCCAGGCCCAAGCACUGCAGUAUGCUUUCUUCGCAGAGAGAGCAGUGCAGAAGUGGACAACACCCACUGGAGCUUCAUGGAAAAGUGCAUCCCCUCAGCCCAUCCGUAAAGCAGCUGUGAUAGGGCUGGGAACAAUGGGCCGAGGCAUUGUGACAUCUCUGGUUAAGGCCAACAUACCUGUGGUCGCUCUUGAGCAGAAUCUGGAGUACCUGAACAAGGGAAGAAAAGCUGUCAUGCUCCUUUUGGAACGCGAGGCUAUGAAAAUGGAGCAGGGAGCCCAAACCCUGGAUUUCCAUAACCCUGCACAUCUCCAGUUCACUGUGGACUUUGAUGUGUUGCGGGAUGUAGAUCUAGUUAUUGAGGCGGUGUUUGAGAACAUGGCACUCAAGAAGGAAAUAUUCCACAAACUAUCCAGAAUCUGCAAGCCAGGGGCCUUUCUGUGUACAAACACAUCAGCCCUGAACAUUGAUGAAAUAGCUUCUGCCACGAGCCGCCCACAGCAGGUCAUUGGCACGCACUUCUUCUCCCCUGCUCAUGUGAUGAGGCUAUUAGAAAUAAUCUAUGGCCAUCACACAUCCCCCACCACCAUUGCCACUGCUAUGCAGCUAGCCAAAGCACUGAAAAAAGUUGGAGUGGUGGUAGGGAAUUGUUUUGGGUUUGUUGGGAACCGAAUGAUGUUCCCGUAUGUUCAACAGGCAGUUUUUCUUUUAGAGGAAGGAAGCAGACCAGAAGCCGUAGAUCAGGCUCUUGAAGAUUUUGGGUUUAAGAUAGGACCUUUCCGAAUGUCUGAUCUUGCUGGGCUGGAUGUGGGCUGGAGGUCUCGAAAGGGUCAGGGCCUCACUGGGGCCUUACUACCUCCUGGAACACCUGCCCGCCAGCGGCACGGCCAUCGCUACAGCCCGCUGCCAGAUCUUCUGUGUGAGAAUGGCAGGUUCGGCCAGAAAAGUGGAAAAGGCUGGUAUCAGUACGAGAAGGCUGGGGGCAGGGCAGCCAAGCCAGAUCCAUGGCUUCACAACUUCCUGGCCCAGUACAGAGACACCCAUCACAUCGAGACCCGCUUUAUAGACCAGGAGGAAAUCCUGGAGCGGUGUUUGUUUUCCCUCAUCAAUGAAGGGUUUGACAUCCUGGCUGAGGGAAUAGCAUCAGGCCCAGAACACCUGGAUGUAAUUUAUCUCAAUGGCUAUGGGUGGCCAAAGCACAGGGGCGGCCCCAUGUUCUAUGCUUCCACUGUCGGGCUCCCUCGCAUUCUGGCUAAACUGCAGAAAUACUCUGAGGCGCACCCUGAUGUUCCCAGGCUACAGCCCAGUGCCUUCCUGAAAAAGCUGGUAGCUAUGGGGAACCCUCCCCUCAAAGAGUGGAUGUCCUACGUCGGCCGGCAGAGCAACAAGCUGUGA